UAAAUUAAAACUAACGGAAGCCAGUGAUUAGUAAACUGACAAAACAAAAAAUUAUCAUUAUUUCAUGGUAUUAUUGAAUUUUCUGAUCAUGAAUAUUCUAUAAAUCUAAAAACAUCAACUGCAGUAGUUUUUCUACAAAAUAAGUUCGUCUAAUAAUGCUCAAAGUCAAAGCUAGUGACUAAUUUUUUUAAAUAGUUUGUAUUAACCAAACAUGGUUUUUGGAUUUUCUUAUUUCUCUUUCUUCUAAGAUAUCCAAGUUUUUUUUUUCUCUUCGUAAUAAAAUAAACUUCUAAUUUGUAAGUGUUUGUCUCUAUUCUGCAUAUUAUUCUUUUAAAAGUGUCCCCUAAAAUAAAUUUGUUCAUUUACCUUUUUUGUUUGUUUAAGAAUAUAGACAACUGGAUCAAAACCAUUGCUACCCAAAAAGGAAAGAAAUAAUUAAAAAAAAAAGACAGAGAGAAAAAUAAUAAUAACAAAAACCACAAAAAGGUCUUCGAUAAACAAAAGUGAAUAUAGGAGAAAGAAAUUAACGAGGAAGGAAGGAAACCGUGGAGAUGGGACCACACAAGAAAUGAAAUCCAUUGGGGAUAAAGAAGCUAACCAAUUAAAACACUUUUACAAGAUUAGCUUCAAAAGUCGACCAAUCAAAAUCGAGAUAAGACUUCAAGGUGGGUCCCAAUUGAAGACAUAACCACCUAAAAAGCGCAUAAAGAGAUCCUCUGACACAAGAGAACACACUUUCAUGCGGGACAUAGACAUCUCAAUCUCAAACAACCAAUAUUCUAGUACCUCUAAAGUCAAGGCCCUCGUGCUCUCUCUCCUUGUUGAUUUUUUUUUUUUUUCAUUUGGUUAUUAAUAUGAAAAGUUUAGCGAAUUGUGUUAGAGCUAAGACGGCGAGGACCUGUGACAACUGCUUGAAGAAGCAGGCGCAUUGGUUCUGCGCCGCGGACGAGGCUUUUCUUUGCCAAUCAUGCGACACUUCGGUCCACUCAGCGAAUCUUCUCGCUCGCCGGCACGAGAGAGUUCGUUUGAAAGAUAGUACCUCUUCUCAGCAAGAAGCUCCAACGUGGUAUCGCGGGUUCACUCGUAAACCUAGGACUCCACGUGGAUCUGGCAAGAGGAACAAUUCGUCGACUUUUCAAGAUAUGGUGCCGGAGAUUAGUGCGGAGGGUCAGACAGACAGCUCUGAGGUUGAAGGGCCGCUGAUCUGUCAAGUGCCGGUUCUUGGUCCAAUGGUGGUUGAGCCGAAGAUCAAGUUUCCUACGAUGAGAAGUGGUGUAAUGAUCGAUGGUCAUGAGGACGAAGACAAGGAUGAGAGUUGUCUAAAUGGGAUUUUCCCAACCAACAUGGAGGUUGAGGACUUCGCUGCUGACGUUGAGACACUACUCGGUCACGGGUUAGACAAAGAGUCUUAUACAAUGGAGGAACUAGGAUUAUCUAAUACAGAAAUGUUUAAAAAAGACGAGAUAAAGGACAAAGAAACAAAAGCCAUGAACAUGGACAUAGAAAUAGGCGAUGAUGAUCAGGGCAACCGGGAUGGAACGUUGCCGUUUGAUCUGAACUAUCCACAAAACGCAUACGAAGAAGAUGCAAUAAAGAAUGUUGAAAGUAGUGGUGAAUGUGUUCAGGCGAAGGAGGAGAAGAAAAAGAAUGUUCUAAUGUUGAGUUUAGACUACGACCAGGUGAUAUCAGCUUGGGGAGGUCAAGGUCUACCGUGGACAUCAGGAGGGCCACCAGAGUUAGACAUAAACAUCAGCGGUUCACCGGUUGUUUCCAAGAGGGACAAUGGAAGAAAAAGUCGUAAGAAGCGUCGCGUUGGUGGAUGUUUACCCUCAAGUGUGGUUGGGGAUGGAGGAAGAGAAGCUAGUGUUUCGAGGUACAGAGAAAAGAAGAAAACGAGAUCGUUUACGAAGACGAUAAGGUACGAGGUACGUAAAUUGAAUGCAGAGAAUAAACCUCGCAUGAAAGGAAGAUUCGUUAAGAGAACUCCGCUUGCUGCUUCUGCUGGAAAUUCACCAUUAGGUGUGAAUAACUGAAUAUUCUUGUAAUAUCUCAAUUUACCUUUUCCGGAAAUUUUUUUAAAAUUUUAGUGAACUUCAUUCUUCUGCAACAGAACCCUUUUUGCACUUAGUUGUGCUUUAUUACAAGAAAACCAGUAAUGUGAGUUUCUUGUAUGGGAUAUAGCUGAUUUAUAUAUUAUCUGGUAAAAUGUGAAAAAGC